GAGCAUGCAUUGCUAGAUAUGGCUGCUGAUGCUGGCUUCAUAUUCAAAAAACGACCACCAGGAAAAUGUGUUCUAAGCAUAUCGGGAACUAUACUAGAGUACGAUCUAGUUGCGGUGCUAGAGUUUGAUUCGAAUCGAAAAAGAAUGUCCGUGGUGGUUAGGGAACCUCAUGGAAAGUACAAACUGUACAUCAAAGGGGCGGACCAAAAAAUCUUUGAAAGAUUAAGAAGCGCUUCUUCUAAAGAACUGAAAAGAACUGCAGGUCACCUGCAACAGUUUGCAAUUGGCGGUUACCGAACUCUCUGUUUUGCCAUUAGAGACAUUGACAAUGUGACUUUUGUCAGAUGGUAUAAAGAGUAUCUUGCGACUGUCAAUGAAGUAGGCGGAAGGAAAGAGAAAUUUGCUCAACUUGCAGAAGACAUUGAGAGGGUUUACCAGAUUGAAGGAGAGAAAUCUGCAAAAUUAAUGGUUUUGAUCCAGGAUCUUACAUUGAUUGGAGUGUCGGCCAUCGAAGAUCGGCUUCAAAAAUCGGUUCCAGAGACUGUAGCAAGGCUUUUGUCAGCUGGAAUUCGCGUUUGGGUUCUUACUGGAGACAAAUUGGAGACUGCUGUAAAUAUUGGUAUAGUUCAACUACUACAUUUAUUCGUAACUAGGAUUUUUGGAAAGCCCACAAUAGGUGCGAGCACAUGA